AUUUAUAUAGGAUCCAGAAAACAUCCCAGCUGGAUCAUAGUUUCAUUAGUUGUCCCUUUAACUCCACCCCUUGUUUUGUAGUCUAUAUAUUCCUUUCAGAAUUUAUCAGCGAAUUAGAACAGCACUCCAGGUUGAGGUGUUAAGAACAAAGAGGCAAACAGAGACAAAGAAUACAGACAGAAAUAAAAAGCCAACAAGAGAGCAUGACAAUGAGCAUCAUCCUAAGUUUAAGUGCUGGAACCUGGGCACUACUUGUUCUGUUCCUGACUCUCCUGUUUCUAUAUGGGACCUGGACACACAGGCUCUUUAAGGACAUGGGAAUUCCGGGACCAGCACCUCUUCCUUUCCUUGGAAAUCUUCUUUCUUAUCGUAAAAGUUUUGCAGAUUUUGACAUGACUUGUUUUAAAAAAUAUGGGAAAACCUGGGGGCUUUUUGAUGGCAGACAGCCGGUACUGGCCAUCAUGGACCCAGAGAUUAUCAAAUCAGUGGCUAUUAAAGAAUGUUAUUCUGUCUUCACCAAUCGUCGGAAUAUAGGUCCAGCAGGGAUUAUGGAGAAUGCUGUCGCAAUUGCUAAAGAUGACCAUUGGAAGAGGAUUCGAACAGUAUUGUCUCCAACAUUUACAAGUGGAAGACUCAAGGAGAUGUUUCCCAUCAUUGAGGAAUAUGGAGAUGUGUUAGUGAAGAACAUGUGGAAGGAAGUAGAGAAAAGAAAGCCUGUAACUCUGAAACACAUUUUGGGAGCCUACAGUAUGGAUGUGAUCACCAGUACUUCAUUUGGUGUCAAUGUUGAUUCCUUGAAUAACAAGAAUGAUCCUUUUAUCAGAGAAAUCAAUAAGUUACUUAAAGCAUUUUAUAUUCUGAACCCACUCAAGUUUACAACAAUACUCUUUCCAUUCCUCAUUCCUUUGUUUAAAAAAUUGGACAUAACUUUAUUUCCAAAAGAAGCAAUAGAUUUCUUAGCAAAAUCAGUUGAAAAAAUAAAGGAAGAACGAAAGAAAAAUUCACUGAAGGACCGCGUGGAUUUACUUCAUCUUAUGAUGGAAUCUCAGACUUCUAACAAUUCACAGACACACCCUCACAAAGAUCUGAGUGAUGAGGAAAUUCUGGCCCAAUCUAUUCUUUUUAUUUUUGCUGGCUACGAAACGACCAGCUCAGUUCUUUCAUUCUUUUUUUACAACCUGGCCACCCACCCUGAGAUCCAGCAAAAACUUCAAGAGGAGAUAGAUGCAGUUUUCCCCAGCAAGGAAGCAGUCACAUAUGAUGCCCUGGUACAGAUGGAGUACCUAGACAUGGUGAUACAUGAAAAUCUCAGGUUAUUCCCCAUAACUUCCAGGAUUGAAAGAGUUGCUAAGAAAACUGUUGAGCUCAAUGGACUGAGGAUUCCCAAAGGCACAGUGGUGAUGACCCCAUCCUUUGCCCUUCAUCGUGACCCAGAAUAUUGGCCAGAGCCAGAGGAGUUCCGCCCUGAAAGGUUCAGCAAGGGAAACAAAGACAACAUGAACCCCUAUGUGUACCUGCCCUUUGGUGCUGGUCCUCGAAACUGCAUUGGGAUGAGAUUUGCACUUAUGAGUAUGAAAGUUGCAAUUUGCCGACUUCUGCAGGAAUUUUCCUUUAGAACUUGUAAGGAGACACAGAUUCCUCUGAAGCUGGGCAAGGGGUCAUUUGUUUCACCAUCUGUACCCAUUGUCCUUCAGGCUGUACCAAGGACCAAAAAGGCAAACCAACACUAGAAACUCUCCUCAUCCUAUCCAUUUCUAUCUACUCCUGAUUUUUCUUCUAUCAACCAAAGACACUGAAUCCUUGGAUUUCAAAAGUAACUUAAUUUACCUUAUGAACUAAACAAAGAAAAAUAAAUGAAUUUUUUUUUUGGCACCGGAGAGGAGCAC